AAGAUACCCCGCCAUUUUCUUCAACCUCACAAUUACAAAUCACCAACACAUUCACAAUGGCCGACACUCACACCUACGAGUUCAACAUCACCAUGAGCUGCGGCGGCUGCUCCGGUGCCAUCGACAGAGUCCUCAAGAAGCUUGACGGUGUCGAGAGCUACGAUGUGUCCCUUGAGAACCAGACCGCCAAGGUCGUCACCGCCCUCCCCUACGAUACCGUCCUCCAGAAGAUCGCCAAGACUGGCAAGAAGGUCAACUCUGGCAAGGCGGAUGGUGUUGAGCAGUCGGUCGAGGUCGCCGCCUAAGCGCUGCACCAAGAUAGGAGGCGAGUCGAGGAAGUAACGAGCGAUCGAUCCAUCUGAAUAUCUGUUAGCUUUGCAAGCGCUUGGGAAACAUUCGGUGUUUAUGGUCUCGGGCAACGAGAAAAGGAGGAACAUAUGUUUUCAUAAAUAAACCUUUUAACCAAUCCAGAGAGUUGAUUGAAUUCAACUUUAACUUUCAUCGUCUGGAA